UCACAAUUCAUCGUCAAACCCAUUACUACAUUUGAUACUACUUUCCACCCAAACAAACACAAUUUUCAGCUUCUUAAGUUAUUUAAUCACAACGAAGCAAUGGCUUCUUCCAUUUUCAGAACAAAUUAUCUUCCUUUGCAGCAAUACCAAGAUGGAUAUAAUCCCAUUUAUCGCAAGUUUCGAUCCAACGGAGUUGCAGUAGCACAGCUGGAAACGGGGAAUGCUAAUAAUGAAAGGAACACCAUGGCUAAACGAGGCCAACAAGCAACACAAAUCAAAAGGUUACUUAACUUCUCAGGAAAAGAACCAUCUACUCCACUUCUUGAUACCAUAAACCAUCCCAUUGAUACGAAGAAUCUUUCCAUCCAGGAGCUUGGGAAGUUAGCUGAUGAACUACGAGAAGAGGUGGUUUAUACAGUGUCAAACACUGGUGGGCAUCUCAGUGCAAGCCUUGGGGUGGCUGAACUAACAGUGGCACUUCACCAUGUUUUCGAUACUCCUAAGGAUAAGAUUAUUUGGGAUGUUGGGCAUCAGUCCUAUCCGCAUAAGAUUUUAACUGGUAGAAGAUCCAGAAUGCAUUCGAUUCGACAGACAUGCGGUUUAGCAGGGUUUCCGAAAAGGGAAGAGAGCAUUCAUGAUGCCUUUGGAACUGGCCAUAGUUCCACUAGCAUUUCUGCUGGAUUAGGGAUGGCAGUUGGGAGAGAUUUGUUAGGGAAGAACAAUCAUGUAAUUGCAGUAAUAGGUGAUGGAGCAAUGACUGCUGGAAUGGCUUAUGAAGCACUCAACAACGCUGGUUAUCUUGACACUAAUCUCAUCAUCAUCUUGAAUGACAACAAGCAAGUUUCAUUGCCGACUGCCACAAUCGACGGUCCAGCUCCACCAGUUGGAGCUCUUAGCAAAGCUUUAAAAAAGCUGCAAUCAAGCAGGGAGUUUCGUCAACUACGCGAAGCCGCAAAGGGUAUCACAAAGCAAAUAGGUGGACAGACACAUGAAAUCGCUGCCAAAUUCGAUUCCCACAUGAGAGGAGUUGUUGGUGGUUCAGGGGCUAGCCUAUUUGAAGAGCUAGGACUAUACUACAUAGGACCAGUGGAUGGCCAUAAUGUAGAAGACCUUGUUUAUGUGUUAAAUGAAGUUAGAUCAAUGCCAGCCCCAGGGCCUGUUCUCAUUCAUGUCAUUACCGAGAAGGGAAAAGGUUAUGCCCCUGCUGAGAUUGCACCUGAUAAAAUGCAUGGGGUUGUGAAAUUCGAUCCCAAGUCCGGGAAACAAAUGAAGAACAAGUCAGCAACACGAUCGUAUACUCAGUACUUUGCAGAGUCCUUAAUAGCUGAAGCAGAUGAAGAUGAUAAAAUAGUGGGAAUCCAUGCCGCCAUGAGUGGAGGAACUGGACUUAAUUUAUUCCAAAAACGAUUCCCAGACCGAUGUUUCGAUGUCGGUAUAGCCGAACAACAUGCUGUUACCUUUGCUGCUGGUCUAGCUUCUGAAGGGCUCAAACCAUUUUGUGCCAUUUACUCUUCAUUCCUACAAAGAGGAUUCGAUCAGGUUGCUCAUGAUGUUGAUCUUCAAAAGCUACCAGUAAGAUUUGCAAUAGACAGGGCUGGCUUGGUUGGUGCAGAUGGACCAACGCAUUGUGGCUCGUUCGACACUACUUUUUUGGCAUGUUUGCCUAAUAUGGUGGUAAUGGCACCUUCGAACGAAACUGAGCUCAUGCACAUGGUGGCCACGGCAGCCGCCAUCGAUGAUCGUCCUAGCUGCUUUAGGUACCCUAGGGGCAAUGGCAUUGGCUCCAUUCUCCCACCAAACAACAAAGGAACACCAUUACAGAUUGGGAAGGGAAGAGUACUAAGAGAAGGAAGUGGCAGGGUGGCGAUUUUAGGGUAUGGAACAAUCGUACAAAGUUGUAUGAAAGCAGCAGAGCAACUACAAAUGCUCGGCAUCUCCACAACGGUGGCGGAUGCUCGUUUUUGUAAGCCAAUAGACGGAGAUUUAUUAAGACAACUAGCUCGAGAACAUGAGAUAUUGAUCACCGCGGAAGAAGGAUCAAUCGGAGGGUUUAGCACCCACGUCUCUCAUUUCUUGUGCUUGAACGGACUACUAGAUGGCAAGCUUAAGUGGAGGCCAAUGGUGCUACCAGAUAGAUACAUUGACCAUGGAUCUCAAAGUGAUCAAAUUGAAGAGGCAGGGCUGAGCUCAAAGCAUAUCGCCGCCACAGUUUUAUCACUACUAGGACAAACCAGGGGAGACAUGUAAAAGAAAAUGUACAAUACAAGGCAAUUAGAGUUCGAUUCAUAGGUACGCUUGUAUGAUAGUUUAGUGUAUGCGUGUGUGGUAAGUUUACCUGUACGUGUAAGUGAACGUGACUAAAAUGUAUUUGAUAGUUCUUAUAAGUAUGAUACGAUUUUUACGAAA